AUGGCUUUUGCCACGAUCAACUCAUCAGUGCCGUCCAGCAUCCCGGCCAUUGAGGACGCUUUUGCCGCCGAACCAGCGCUCAAAAAACGGGUUUACGAUGCGAUCGCACAUACCCCGCAACAUGGACUUCUCUUCGAAGAUAUCGCGAAAUAUACCUCCAGCCUGCUGGCCAGGACUGCAACCGCCCCCGUUCGGCCUGUCGAGGUCGUCAGCGACGGCCCAGCCAUGAAGAAACGAAAACUACAGAAUGGCAAUGCUACAAGUGCCCAAUCUUCCGGCGAUUUGAAAUCCGAUACUUCGCUCCAGUUCUACAUGCAGGAUGUUUCCUUUGCUGUUCCCCAGCGGAAGAAGCUUACGCUCGAAGUCACUGCCGGAUUUUUACGUGCGAGAAACCAGACAUCGAAGGAGGUGGAGUUUGGUGUACCUUUGGAUAACAUACAGCAUGUCUUGUGCCUCCCCGUUCCCGAGAAGAACCAGCGACAAUUCAAUUUUUGCAUCAUCCCUCAAUAUGCGGACGGCGUCAACUCACCGCCUGAAGGUGUAGCUGCUCCCGAUGCCAUCGUAUGGACGGUCAACGACGGGCCUCCCAAGGCAGCGUUCUCAGGCAAUGGACAACAGCUUGGAACGGAUAACGAAGAAACGGCAGAUAAACUUGUCCAGCGGAUAUUGAACGACAGCCUCCCGCGGACCAAGGUUGUGCGCCCGGAUGAGCGAGAGUUCGUGAGUGCUAUGCCUGAGGCUCAUCGCAAGGGGGAGAAGGCCUUUCAUGUCAAGGCCUUCCGCGGCAGUAAAGAAGGUUAUCUCUUCCUUCUCUCUACGGGAAUACUAUUCGGGUUCAAGAAACCACUGGUUUUCUUUGCCUUUGAAAACGUCGACUCAAUCUCAUACACAUCUGUCCUGCAGCGGACCUUUAAUCUCAAUGUUGUAGCUCGUCCUACGUCAAGCGAAGAGACGCAGGAAUUCGAGUUCUCCAUGAUCGACCAGGCUGACUUUUCCGGAAUUGAUGGUUACAUCAAAAAGCAUGGUCUGCAGGAUGCCAGUCUUGCCGAAGCACGGCGUGCGAAGCGAUACAACGUCAACGGUGCCAAGGGAGAAGAUGAAGCUGCUGCCAAUGAGGAAGGAGCCGUCGAGGAGGAAAGUGAGCUUCAAAAAGCCCAACGCGAGCUGGAAGAUCAAGAGGAUGAGGACGAGGAAGAUUAUGAUCCCGGGAGUGACAGUGACAGCGACGGAAGCGGCUCUAGCAGCGAGGAGGAUGAUGAUGAUGAUGAGGAGGACGAUGAAGGCGACAUGGAAGAGGACGACGAAGAAGGAGACCGAAAUCUGGUGGCGGAGGAGCUCGGAAGUGAAGCGGAAGAUGUUCCGGCAGAGGAACUGUGA